AUGAACGUGAUCUUCAGGGAGGACGUCAACAACUUCCAGGUGGACCUGAGCCACCACCUCUCCACCACGAAGACCCGGAGAGAGGGGCUCGGACCACGGCUUUCACGAGGAAGGACUUCUCGAGGAAGGAUCGGGUCACAUUUGGAGGAAAGAAAAUCACACGAGAAGAACCAAAACAACAAGAAGCUAACCACGAAACGGGAGGGGGUCGAGUCUCCUCUGGUCAGCUGUCCGGCAGUUAAACGUCAGAGUAAGACUGAGCUGAGUCUUCUCUCUCUUCACAGGAGCCCUCAGGAGGCGAUCAUGGACGGGACGGAGGUGGCGGUCUCUCCCCGCUCUCUGCACAGCGAGCUGAUGUGUCCCAUCUGUCUGGACAUGCUGAAGAACACCAUGACGACCAAAGAGUGUCUGCACCGCUUCUGCUCCGACUGCAUCGUCACCGCGCUGCGAUCAGGGAACAAAGAGUGUCCGACCUGCAGGAAGAAGCUGGUUUCCAGACGUUCGCUGCGCCGAGACUCAAACUUUGACGCGCUGAUCUCGAAGAUCUACCCGAGCCGCGACGAGUACGAGGCCCACCAGCGCCGAGUCCUGGAUCGACUCAACAGGCUGCACAACAAGGAGGCGCUGAGCUCCAGCAUCGAGGAAGGGCUCCGCCAGCAAGCCCGCUACAGGUCCGAGAGGAACCACCGGGUGAAGAAGCCGACUCAGGAAAGCGACAACACCACCUUCAGCGGCGGAGAGGAUAACGGUGACGCCCGAUCACACCUGUCCCAUGACUCCGCCCCCUCACACACCCCCCACCCCUGCGGUCAGACCCCUUCAGAGGCCGGGCCGAGCCGCAAGAGACCCCGAGUCUCAGAGGACGGCUCGGGGCCGGAGGCAGACAGCGGGAGCCCGACGCCUCCGCUGAGACGUCACAAAGAGGGACCGGCCUCAGAGAUCGAGCUGGUGUUCAGGCCGCACCCACAGCUGGUCAACGCCCAGGAAUACAACCAGACCAGAUUCGUCAAGACGACAGCCAACGCCACGGUGGACCAUCUGUCCAAAUACCUCGCUCUGCGUAUCGCUCUGGAGGACAGACGGACCAAUGGGGAGGCAGAGGAUAGAGGCAGAGAGGAGGGGGGAGCAGGAGGAGCAGGAGAGGAAAGAGGAGCAGAGGCAGGAGGAGAAACUGGAAGAGCAGCAGCAGCAGGAGGAGGAGCAGGAGGAGGAGAGGGGUCGAGUCUGAGCAACAUCAGUGAGAAACAGUACACAAUCUACAUCAUGACCCGAGGAGGCCAGUUCUCUACGCUGAACGGCUCCUUGACUCUGGAGCUGGUCAAUGAGAAGUACUGGAAGGUCAGGAAGCCGUUGGAGCUGUACUACGCCCCCACCAAGGACCAACAGCAGCCGCAGCCACCGCCGCCGCCGCCACAGCCCCAACAGAAGUCUCCUCCUCCACAGAGGGAGGGGUGAGCAAGAGGAGCGUGCCGCUUUUCCCUCCUUCCAUCUAACCACACCUCCUCUUUUUGAAGGUGGAAGUUCAGCCGCCACGAUUUUCACAUACUAUCAGCAGCAUAUGUUUUUGUUUUUUUUUCUUUUCUUAAUUUACUGGAAAAAGUUGGACUUAUUUGUUUUCAUCUGUAAAAACCGAAUCUGACCUGAGACCUGAUUUUCGAACGAUUUACCAAGAAGAAAACCAAACCACUAAAUAAGAGCUGGUCAGUCUUUGGUUUCGUCUGCUUAUGUGGAGGCUGUUCUGACGGGUCACGGGUGGAAGUCAUCAGGACUUGGGAUUCGGGACUAUAAACCGUGGCUGUGGCCGACAGACCCGGGGAUGAGAUGAUUUUUCCUUUGUUUUCUGCUGGUAUGAAGCAUCUGCAUCCUGUCUGCGUCUGUUUUCCAUCAUUUGAGUCUUAUUACCUGAUAGUUAACAGGUGCAGCCAUUUAAAAAGACAAGGGCCUGCAG